AUGUCUCGACAAAUAAACCAGCCCUCGAACCAGAUCAAGCUCACGAAUGUCUCCCUCGUGCGCCUCAAGAAGGGCAAGAAGCGGUUCGAGAUCGCCUGCUACAAGAACAAGGUCCUGGAGUGGCGCUCCGGCAUCGAGACCGACCUGGACAACGUCCUGCAGAUCCCAAACGUCUUCCUGAACGUGUCCAAGGGCCAGACCGCGCCCACCGCCGACCUGGCCAAGGCCUUCGGCAAGGACGUGCCCGUCAACGACAUCGUCCUCGAGAUCCUGAACAAGGGCGAGCUGCAGGUCGGCGAGAAGGAGCGCGCCGCGCAGCUGGAGCGCGUGCACAACGAGGUCGUCGGCAUCGUCGCCUCCAAGCUCGUCGACCCGCGCACCAAGAGGGUCUACACCACCGGCAUGAUCGAGAAGGCCCUGGACAUGCUGAGCCAGCAGGCGCACCAGGGCCAGGGCGACAACAACAACAAGUCCUCCGCCGCCGCCAGCGGCACCGCCACGCCCGCCGCGGCGGAGAACGGCGACGCCAAGUCCAGGCCCACCGUGCCGCCUGCUGGUGCCGCCGCGUCGUCGUCCAAGGAGCACGUCUGGACGGGCGUGACGACCACCAAGAGCGCCAAGAGCCAGGCCCUCGAGGCCAUCAAGGCGCUCAUCGCCAAGCAGCCCGUGCCUAUCGCCAGGGCGAGGAUGAGGCUGAGGAUCACCUGCUCGACCAACGUGCUGAAACAGGCCGUCAAGGCGCCCGCCGCAGAGAAGGGCAAGGACAAGAAGGGAGGCAAGGGGGACGACGAGGAUGGCGAGAAGAAGGCGCCUGGCACGGUCAAGGACAAGAUACUGGGCUACAUAGAACAGGUCGAGAACCAGGACGUGGUGGGCUCGGAAUGGGAGGUCAUGGGUUUCGUCGAGCCUGGAGCAUACAAGGGACUCUCGGACUUCAUAGCCAACGAGACAAAAGGACAGGGACGGGUGGAGGUCUUAGAUACGGCGGUUACGACGGAGGACGAUUGA